GAGCAGCAAAAAUACUCGCGCGGCCGGCCAAAUUGCGCAGCAGCGCGAGCACAUGAUGCGCAGACAUGCGCAGCUUUGGAUAGCACUACAGUUCACGUACUGCUUCCAUCGAUGCGACGCGUUACGCAGCUGUACGCGCACUGCAGCAUCAAGCACAGCUGCAAAACCACGCGGCAUGCGACGCCGCGGCGUGGCCGCCGCCGCAGCAGCAGCGCUUGUCGCAAGGCCACGCGCCGCGCGAGCGCUCGGCGUCAAGGACGGCCUCCUCGACCGCUGCCCCGAAACGCCGUCGUGCAUUUCAUCACAAGAUGACGCGGCGCGCGGGGGCCGGUCGUUCCGGCCACCGUGGGCCUACGACGAUAACGACUGGACGAGCGCGCGCGACAAGCUCUUGGUCGCGCUGCGUAGUGAAGCCGACGCCACCGUCGACGGGAGGUAUAUCCGCUGCGGCGACCUGGAGUUCUAUUUCACAGAAAACGACGCGACCGUCCAAUUCCGAGGCGACGGGCGCGACGUCGAUAGAAGGUUGGCCAAACUGAGGCAACGAUGCGGCUUCGAGGAGAUUGUUGUGCUGAGGAAUCGGAGACGCGCGUUCGGCGUCGGCGAGUCGGCCUUCGAUUCGUAUGGGCCGUCGUUCUUCGACCAGAGCGACGCCGCUUUGCUCGCGCCCGACGCGCUGAAGACGCGGGACCUGGAUCCGAUGGCCCCCGAGGCAUUCCCGGCGCCGGAUCGCGCCACGCGGAAGUGGCUCCGCGAGAAGCGAGCCGAGGCCAUGUAAUACUGUUGUCACACAC